CCGACAGCCGCCAGGACGUCAGACGAAACGACAGAGACAGAGGGUGGCAGGGACGCAGGGGUGGACGGACGACGGACGGCUGGUUGCAGUGGUUUUGCCCGUCAUCUAGGCAACCCGUUGGCGGGGCUGCGGGGCCUGACCGUCUGGACGGGGCUCGGCAUCGAGGAGGAAGGACGGGCCUGGCUUUGGUCGGACAGCUGGGGGGCGCGGAGGAGCGCAGGGACGUGAACCAGAGACCAGAACCAGAGUGGCCAUGGCUUCGGGCUGCUGCGGCGCCAAGAAACAGAAGCUCAACAACUCGUCGAGCGUGGCCUGCAACGGCACCAACGGCACCAACGGCACGGCCGAGGGCGAGCACGGCGACCACGCCAUGCAGAACGUCCUGAACGGCAUCAAGAAUGGGAUGGUGGCCCAGCCGGAGAUGGGGUUCUUCUGCUUCGACGUGCUGUACAAUCACCUGCACAGCCUGGAGGCGCCGCAGAACCCCAAGUUCAGCAACGACCCCUACCCACUCUUCGUCACAUGGGAAAUUGGAAAAGACCGACGGUUGCGUGGUUGCAUUGGAACAUUCUCAGCCAUGAAUCUGCACUGCGGACUUCGAGAAUAUGCUGUCACAAGCGCCAUGCGGGACUCCCGCUUCAGCCCCAUCACGCGCGAGGAGCUGCCGCGGCUGCGCGUCGCCGUGUCCAUCCUGCGGCACUUCGAGGACGCGCAGGACUACCUGGACUGGGAGGUGGGCGUGCACGGCAUCCGCAUCGAGUUCCACAACGAGAAGGGCGGCAAGCGCUCGGCCACCUACCUGCCUGAAGUGGCGCCCGAGCAAGGGUGGGACCGCAUCCAGACGAUCGACUCCUUGCUCCGCAAGGGCGGCUUCAAGGGCGCCGUGACGCCCGAGACGCGGCGGGGCAUCAAGCUGGUGCGCUACCAGAGCGAGAAGGUGUCGGUGUCGUACCCGGAGUACCUGACGCACUGGCGGUGCCUGCAGAACCAGCGCUGCUAGCGUCUGCCCCGGGGGCCCGCCCCCGUCACCCCGCCGCCGUACACGCCGCCCGCGCCGCCCGCCUUCC